AUGUAUGGCAAGAGCCCUACGCGUGCUGUGCUUUUUCUCCUCGGCAUACAGCUCACAGCUCUUUGGCCAAUAGCAGCUGUGGAAAUUUACACUCCCCGUGUGCUGGAGGCUGUCAAUGGGACCGAUGUUCGGUUAAAAUGCACUUUCUCCAGCUUUGCCCCUGUGGGUGAUGCUCUAACAGUGACCUGGAAUUUCCGUCCUCGAGAUGGGGGCCCUGAGCAGUUUGUUUUCUACUACCAUGUGGAUCCCUUCAGACCCAUGAGUGGGCGUUUCAAGGACCGGGUGGUCUGGGAUGGGAACCCUGAGCGGUAUGAUGUCUCCAUCCUCCUCUGGAAGCUACAGUUUGAUGACAAUGGGACAUACACCUGCCAGGUGAAGAACCCACCUGAUGUUGAUGGGCUGAUAGGGGAGAUCCAGCUCAGCGUUGUGCACACUGUACGCUUCUCUGAGAUCCACUUCCUGGCUCUGGCCAUUGGCUCCGCCUGUGCACUGAUGGUCAUAAUAGUAAUUGUGGUGGUCCUCUUCCAGCAUUUCCGGAAAAAGCGACGGGCUGAAAGAGCUCAUAAAGUGGUGGAGAUAAAAUCAAAAGAAGAAGAAAAGCUCAACCAAGAAAAAAAGGUUUCUGUUUAUUUAGAAGACACAGACUAA